GUUUCGUUGAAAAAGUAUCUAUUCCGAUUCAUUUUUACAUGCUCGCAUUCUGUUACAUCGCCUUUCAUCUUUUUCUGCCAGUAUUGAUAGUUGAAGUUGCGGCAGGCUCUAAAGACAAAGAUGCAGUGUUUCGAAGUUAUUGGUCCGAAGUUCGCAACGACCGUCGUGGUUCUGAAGAAGAUAAUGUACUAGAUUAGCAAGGAAGUUUUCAAUUACAAGAAGUUUCACUGCAGGAGCACCGUUCUGGCGAGACUAAUGAUCACAGAUAGAGUAGACGAGCAGAGAAAAAUGACAGGAAGCUGCUUCGAAUUGAUAAGGAUCAUGAGCUUGCUGAGAGAGUGAGAGACAAGAGAUUGAAUAUUCGGAGAGACGAGAAGCAUUGGCCUCGAUGGAAUGUAGUACUUAUCUUGAGAUGAUCAUCGUCCUUUAAAAAUCUUUCUGUCCUCAUCUCAUGGCUCUUUCGUAUCGUAUCGGUUAUUCAAGUGUCUGUCGUGAUCGGCAUAACAUGAGGCAUUCGCAGAAUUGAUAUGCAUCGCAUUCGUAUGAUCCUCCCAAUUUUUUCAUGAAAACUGCAGGCACAUCGUUCGAGAAUUUUUUUGAAACCCCUCCUCCUGUUGUCUUUUUUUAAAAGCAAGGAAACGUUGGAUGCAGUGCAAAAGAAAUCUCACGCGAUUUUUUUUAGACCCAACAAAAAAAACAGAGUAGAAAGAAGGUUAUUCCGAUAAUAACACCGUUUUUUUUGCUAAAGGUUUUCUUUGACCAUAGAUUCAUAGACUACAGCCUGAUUCAUUGCAUUUUACAGCAGAAGAAGAUAAAAAAGGCUUGUAAAGUGCAUGAGAUGUGGCAACCACUUUUUUCAGGUUCCAAUUUCAACAUUCUAAAUACAAAGAACCAAGACCAACGUCAAAAGGACACAACCACUGUUGUAGGGGAAAGAAAGAACAAUCAAGAAGCCACACAAAAACAAUACGGUCGUAUUUAUUAGUACAGAAAAAAUCAAGAUGGGAAAGAGUCAGAAUGUUCCGGCAUUUCCGCUCGAUACGAGCAAGUACGAGUUUACCCGGAUUCUCGGUUCCGGAUCGUACGGCACUGUGCAGGCCUGGAAAAACCUCCAAGUCAGCAGCAACAAUCCUAAGUACUCCAUUUUGGUUUCUCUAAGAGGGGGGUGUCCAUCACGACUUACUUUGGUGACUUGUGGUUUUUCAGCUCGUUUGUAGCCUUAUGAUGAUUAGGGAGUUGGUGUCAAUGGUACGUAAAAAUCCAUGUUGAAUUUUUAAAUGAGAUGCAACAAUAAUAUGAUCCGUCUUGACUACCCACCCAUCUCAGUGCCAACGUCGCAGUGAAGCGUAUCUCGAAUGCGUUCGACGAUUUCCUGAUUACUCGACGCACAUUGCGAGAGAUCAAGUUAAUGCGACACUUCUGUCACCGAAAUAUCAUCAACAUUGUCGACGUUUUCACUCAAGAUGCGCAGAAGUCGGAUCAGGAGAAGAUCGAGCGCAACGCAAAGAUUGGUUACAGUGCACCACGCAAAGACAUCUACAUGCUCACGGAAGUGAUGGAUUAUGAUUUGGGUAAUACAACUAGUCUUUUUGUUGAAGUUUUAGAGUUGUAGUGUUGUUUUUUUGCUAAUUGUUGUCCACCGUGGUUCUCUUCAAUGAUCUCAAUUUCAUCAGGAAAGGUACGUACAACCUUCACUCUAAUUCACAGUAAAUUCACAUCAUCACAAAACAAAAACAGAUCAAUUGAUUCGCUCGAAGCGCAUGGACCACGUUCGAUGGAUUCGGUCUUUCGUGAUUCAAAUCCUUUCGGGUUUGAAGUUCUUGCACAAAGGCCACGUUAUUCACCGAGAUUUGAAGCCAGCCAACAUCUUCAUCGCCAAGAACGGAAGUUUGAAGAUCGGAGAUCUUGGUUUGGCGCGGGCCAUCGAGCUGGACAGCCAGGGUGAUCCGCUCUACCCGGCCAACGAAGCAUUGACAGAAUAUUAUGCAUGGGGGUUUGAUGUAUCAUGAUUUUGAAUUGAGUCAGCUAAUUGGUGUACUCAUCUACUUAAGUAGAUGUGAUGAGAAGAAUGUGAUGCAUGAAGAGUAGCAUAGAAGAUCCUUGUUACCUGAAAACUGCAAAACAAGAAUCAUUGGGUACUGUACCUUCCUGAAGUUCUAAGACAUCGUCGUCACUCGUUGGUACCGAGCACCGGAGAUCAUCGUCUUGCGAGGAUGCUACGGACCAGUCUCCGAUAUCUGGGCUGUGGGUUGCAUUAUCGCGGAGAUGCUUUCCCGUGACGUUCUGCUUCCGGGUCGCGGUGGCUACGAUCAGGUCUGCAAGAUCUUGGAACUGUGCGGCACUUACCCGGAUACGAAGUGGCUCGAUAACACUGUCGGUACUUGAUUUUGAUGCCAUUAUUUACUAAUGAGAACUAGUUCUACCAUAGGCUUAGGCGCAGUGUGGUCAGCAUACAGGGGUUUCAAAGUUUUUAAGAACACAGUAAGUACAACGUCAUCUCUGUACUACUAUUUUGCAUCCUUCCUCACUCCUCCCAGAAUACCCGGCAAACGACGCGAUCCGCCGCUCUCGUAUUGAUGCAGCUGCAUCUGAGCACGCCAAGAAGGUUAUCGACAGGAUCUCCGAUGACGUUCACAACAAGUACGAGGGUCAAUGCUUCAAUAACCGCAACCCUGCUACCUGCCCGCGCAACAAGUGGCCGCUUGUCCCGGGCGCCAGGACAAACUUCAAGCCGAUUAUGAUUCCUCGUGCUGUUACGAAGCCAGGGUAAAUAUUAUCAUCUUGUUUUGAUAGGCUUUUAUUGUUCCAUGGUGUGCAAGUUUUGCGUCUGGCUCUGAGAAGAUGGUGUUUUAAAAAAAAGCCAAAAGAAAUCGUUGAUGACAGUGACAAAAGAAUGGUCCCCCGAUCCUCCUACAUGAUGAGUAAUCUCACUUACGACCACCUCAACAGGUGGAACCCGAACUUUCGUCUGGCUGACCGCGAUACUGGUCUCUUUGAUUUGAUGGAGAAGAUGUUGCAGUUCAGCCCGGAUACCAGAAUCACGGUCGACGAGGCCCUGGACCACCCAUGGUUGCGCAUGGAAAGCGAGAACGAGGUAGGAAAAUCUUUCUCGGAGGAGAAGUUUUUGUUGUUGAUGUCGUGCAAUGUGCAGUAGAUGUUGAUAUUGCUUAAUUUAUAAAUCUGUCUGUAUCUCCUUUUUUACUUCUAGAGGAUGACCCUUUUUUUUUCCUCACAAUCAAACAAUUUCAUUUCUCCAAAAACAACAAUUCUAGGGAUCCGCUCAUCAAGGCUGCCGCUUGAUCCACGAUUGCGGACAGGGCAUUGAUCGCGUGACGCCAAUCGAUAUGCAGUACGAUUUGGGCUAUGAUAACCGCUCCAUGGAUAGCAAGAACGUGCCAGCUGAGUUUCGCGAUCGUCUCGCACGCCAGCUGUUGGAUGAAGUCGAUGACUUUGCUAAGGCUAAGGCCGUUGAGGAUCAGCAGGAACGGUAAUCUUUUUAAAUCUUGAUCUACUCGUUUGAUGUAUGAUCCAGGGCUCAGGGCCACGGUAGCCCCCCCUAGCGUAGGGGGGGUACCGUGGCCCCGGACCCCGUUUGAAGGCGUCUGCCGGGGGUGGAAGGCGUCAAAAGGGGGCCAAGGGGCCUCCGCUCCCUUCCGGCUGCCUAGCUGUUCCCUCGAGGCCUCCGGGGUAGGUGGAAGGCUUCAAAAGGGGCCCACGGGACCGCCUGCGCUCCCUUCCAGGUGCCUGCCUGUUCCCUACGUGCCUCCUAGAUGCUUCGCCGCCGCAGCAGUGCGCCGGUUUUGGAAGGCCUCCGAAGGCGCCAAAAGGCGAGGGAUUGGACCCCCUGAGCCGUGCGGCUUAUACCCUCCGGACCCUUGGGCAUCGGCUUGCUUGCUCUUGACACCGUGGCCGCCUUCGGCGGCCUUUUCCCCCGAGACCUCCAGCCUGCGAGGGUCAGCAGAGGCCAGGAGGUCCCUGAGGAACAUGCAGAGAGGCGCAAGGGGACGCCCGCGCCCAAUUUUGACGCCUUCCACCACUAGAAUCCGCGAGAAAAGAGCGCGCGAGCGACACGGCAGACCAUACCGCAAGGGGGGGGGGGGCGCCGUGCAGCCCUAACGCAUUUAUAUUUCGUCGGUCAUGGUUCAUGAUUGUGGACAUCACUGACUCGAAACUUACAACUUGAAGGACAUCGAAGUCGGACAUGUUCGCGUCUGAAAGAAUCCAAGUCACCUGACAAUGUGCUUACCUUAUUUUCAGACCUCGUCGGGCGUCGCGUGCGCAGAUUUCGGCCGAGGAGCAGGCCCAAUUGAAGGAUGCGGCUAGAAAGGUAAGCAGCACCAAGCAGCAGGUUUCGCCAGCUGAGGCGUCCACGGCUGCAAACUCUACCGCCACUUCCGCCGCUAACUCAGCAGCACCGUCUACUGCUCAGAGCCGCAGCAACAGCAUUUGCUACGUGCAAGAGCAAACGUACCAAUACCAGCAACCAGUGGUUCAGCAAGGUAAGAAGUUAGUCUUUUGCAAGGAGUAGUAGUUCGUUGUAGUUACUGUAAUAGUAAUGAAUCCCUUGACCAUGCAUACCUUUGUUGAUCAACAUGGAGCUACUUGCUAGAUGAUAGAUGAUUUCAUCACUAGUAUCGUUUGCUCAUAGUCAUUUCAUACCAUGCGCCCGUCACUUCCAGGUCAUGACGCUACCGCUUACAAACCGGGUAACCGUGCUUACUACCAAGACGCUGCGUCUGGCUACGUCGCCAUGGCACCGCAGCAGUACCAGAACGCCGCAAACCCGGCGUACAACUACAACCAAGCUGCCUACCAGCAGCAGAUGGCCGCCGCUGCUGCACAGCAGGCUGCAAAUGGAAGCUACAGCGCGCGACCGCCGCUUUCGGCACGGGGUGAAGCACCGCAGACGGAAGUCCCGCGAUUGGCGAUGAACAACAAGCGCACGUCGUUGCAGACGCGUCCGAUCAUCCUGCAAGGUGCAGUGAACAUGAAUGUGGACUCCGGUGCUGUUAACAUGAACGCUGCCGGUGGCUGGGAUCAGGGAGUGGGUCAGCUGAGCAAUGAGGCCUACCAGCAGAACCUGCAGAGCUUCCGCGCCAACGCGACCAAGCCGAAGAGCUACUACGACAUGAACCGACCGCGAUCCUCCCAGCAAUUUUCCUCUCAGGAAGAUUGGCGCACCAAGCAAUCCACUGGCGAGCAGAAGCGAUACCGCUAA